AUGAUAACAUCCUUCUGCCAAGUGGGACUCGAGUGUAUUUCUCGCCUCAUGGACCCUGAGCAUGCUAUCCUUGAGUUGGGCAUUCCAGCUAUUGCCAUCAUGGUUUCUACCAUCGUCAUCAAGGGUGCCUGCUGGAUCUGGUGUCGUGUCGUCAAGAACUCAAGUGUCAGAGCAUUGGCUGAGGAUGCAAAGACGGAUGUGAUCUUCAACACUGGUUCCAUCCUAUUCCCUAUCAUUGGCUACUAUGGACGAAUCUGGUGGCUUGAUGCCGUCGGUGGCUUGUUCCUCUCGCUUGUUGUCAUCUUCAACUGGAGUCAGACCUCGGCACACCACGUCCGUAACCUUUCAGGCUUCUCCGCCCAGCCUGACGAGCGAAACCUGCUGCUAUACUUGACCAUGCGCUUCGCCACUGCCAUUCGUCAGAUUCAAAAUCUGCGCGCCUAUCACGCUGGUGACAAACUCUUCGUCGAGGUCGAUAUUGUGCUUUCUGCUGCGACACCUCUUAAGGACAGUCACGAUCUUAGCGAGGUGCUGACAUACUUCCUCGAAUCUGUGCCAAUCGUUGACCGAGCAUUUGUCCACGUUGAUUAUACUAGUUACAAUGCCCCGACUCACAUGCUCAAAGGGUCUGCCGCAAAACAGAAAUAA